AUGUGCUCACAGCAUGAUGACCCUUCUUUUCCCUCAUCUUCGUCCUCGACAAAACAACCAACAACAAAUGACGGAAAGAAGAACGAAGUUGAAAUUCCAGAUUGGGAGACCAUCCCUCUCCCACCUGAUCACGUAUUGAGUCACCUGACAGACGCACAUUGUCAUCCGACCGACCUCACCCAUCCUCCAGAGGUGUAUGAUAGAGUCAAAUUAGGUGGAUUGGCUAGUAUGGCUACGAUCGUGGAGGAUCAGGAUAAGGUCAAAGCGCUGAGUGAAGAGAGGGGCUGGUAUACUGCUAGAUCAAAAGGGAAAGGCAAGGAGAUACAUGGAAUCGGAGUAGUAGCAUGUUUUGGCUAUCAUCCAUGGUUUACCCAUCUAUAUACCCUUUCCUCAGAUCCACCGUCAAAAGAACAACAUUACUUUUCACUGUUCUCACCUAAAUCUCAAAAUCAUCAAACGCUCUUGAAAGAAUUAUUACCCUAUUUACCUGAACCUAAACCUUUCGAACCUCUCUUGGAGAAAUUACGAAACGAUAUCACGAGAAGUAAAGAUGAAGGCAGAUUAACGAUGUUAGGUGAAGUGGGAUUGGAUGGGAGUGCUAGGAUGAGAUGGCCCAAGAAAGCUAAACAUUUACAUCCGGAUUACAAAGAUAAAGCUCAACAAGGAGAAGAGGGAGAAGGAGAGGAGGAAGAAUGGAAAAGGUUGACACCGUUCAAAGUGCCCAUGUCGCACCAGCGCUCUAUUGUAGAGAGACAAUUGGAUCUGGCCGUGGAAUUGCGUGUGAAUGUCAGUUUCCAUAGUGUCGCUUGUGCAGGUCCAUCUCUGGAAACUCUCAAUUCAAUGCGAGAUAAACAUGGUAUCAGGUUUACAAAUGGGAUAAAUGUAGAUAUACAUUCUGCGGGUGGUUGGUCACCUGAUUUUUGGAAACAGGCCGAGAAAAAUCUAUUGAAUAUCUACGCUUCCCCCUCAAUAUUCAUAACAGGUCGAUCACCAACUGCUUCCUCAUUGAUAAGUACGAUAUCAAAAGAUCGUUUGCUGGUCGAAUCUGAUUCUCACGAUGUUCGAUUGAGCGAUAGAUUGGUAUGGGCUGCGACCGAAUGGAUAGCGAGAUGUAAGAAGUGGAAAUUAGAGGGUGUGGAUAGGCAUCCUGAUGAUGACGAUGGUGAACAAGUGAAGGAGUGGGAUUUGCAGGAUGGAGGUGACGAGGAAGAGGAAGAUGAGUUUGAUGAGAAAGGUAGAUUGAAGAAGGUUAAGGAAGCGGAGCAGGAUACGUGGACUGUAAGAACGUUGGAAAGGAACUGGAGGAGGUUCAUGAGAAUUGAUGAGGUUGUGUGA